AUGGCAUCUCCCGAAACUCCCGACGAUCUUUCCAUCAUUCCGCCUCCUCCUUCCUACCCAACCGACACAUACAAGGACUACAGACCCUUUGACGACUUUUAUGAACGCACUGUUGAUGAGAUUCUGGACGAGGAUGCAACUCUUGAAGGGCUACGAGACGCCAACUGGCCAUUUUACUCAGGCGGUGAUGGAUCUGGAGAGUCACCAGCUUCUUAUUCUUUACGGAAGGGAGAUUCCAACGAAGGAAACAAACUCUCCUCGACGCCUAGAGUGACAAGGAAGAGCAAAGCCAAAGACCUGACCACGAAACCCAAGAAACCGAGGAAGAAACGGCCUGCAGCCAAGAGAGAAAUCACGGUCAUUGACCUUUGCAGCGAUGAUGGAGAUCCCGCGCCGAAGGGUAUGGACAUUGGUCAUGACAAGGACAAGGAACAAGGCGACCCUAAGGAGGUGAAUGGUGACGGCAACCUCCAAGCGGAUGAUGCCCCCGAGUAUGAUUCUGACGGCACAUUGAACUUUGUUGAUGCCAGGGAGGAUCGAGAGGAUACUGUCACCGUGAACACUGCCAAUGAAAAAACCGUCCAAUCCGGCUCUAGCGAUGUGGAGGUCGUGGUGGAAGCGAAGGCUGCAGCAGGUGAUAAGCUUGAUGUAUCCCAAAAUACGACUACCAAGGGAGUGAAGCACAGGCACUCAGUGGAAGGUUCCGAAGAGGAAGACUUUAUUUUCUCUUCCGUUUCAGAAUCCGUGAGAGGCGAAUUGCUGAAGUUUAUUGCGGAACAUCCGUUCAUGUCUCAAUUUGUGCAGCCCGUGAAUCGCUCCGCGAGGCGUCAGUUUAUUACAGAUCUGUGCAAUGAAGCGCUAUCAAAGAAGCUGGAUCUUUCGUUUUUGUGGGACUUAAUCAAGUACGUGCGCCUGCUAUAUCUUGAUAACGCCGGUGUCGAUGCUGAACCCAUUGCACCUGGCUUCGACGACAUUCCCUUUGGACAGGAGAUCGAGGACGAACCCGAGUCGAAUCCUCCGUCUCGAAAGAGUCAUAAAAGGAGUCGCAAGGAGGGGUCUCCUGGACUUAAGCCUAAGAGAAGCAAGAGGCGUUUACUUGAUGACCAAGAGCCCCCGCAGCCAGCCGCAGUGCCGGAGGUCAUUGAAAUUGCUGAUGAUAGUACCGGUCCGUCGUCUCCGGACCUUCCAGAUGUCCCAAGCUGCGCGAUAGAUGAACACAUCACAGUUGUUCAAGUUCAGAGCACCCCUGACUCACCUAUCGGCCCUGCCGUUGACGUUUCCGACGACGCCCAAGUCCAGAAUAAGAUUUUCGAGCCUCUUGUAAUUGAAAACACGCCUGAGCUACCAUCUCAGCCCCUUGAUUUUCAGACUCAUGAAAAUUACGAAGGGUCUACCAUUGUCCAGGUCGAGAGCACGCCCGAGUUGUCCCUUGAGUCGGGUGGUGCCACCGUAUCGCACACUGCAGAGACUAUUCAGACAGAGGACAUUAUCCAGUCAACUCUUCCCAUUGAAGAGACCAUCCCUGCUCCUGAUUACGAGGGAGGUUUCGAGGAUGCCCAAGAGCCCAGCAACAUUGCAAGGGUGGGAGAAAAUUCGAAUGACGAGGCUGUGUCAGAGAGCCUGUACGAGCCAAGGAUCCCACUUCAAACUGCAACAGACAAUAAGCCUACGCCGACGAGCUUGGAUCCAACAAUCGAUUCUGAAGAGAACAAGAAUCUUCCUGCUCAGCUUUCGAAGAGCCAAAAAAGAAAAGCAAGAAGAAAACUCCUCAAGCAGGCCAGGCAGGAAGGGAAAGCUACCGAGACGGUGGAUGAUAUCCAGCCGGCUCUUCUGCUUCCAAAGAUAGUUGUCUCCGGCGAUGACGAUGCAACCCCAGCAGCCCAAGACUCUACCACCGCGGGAUCUGGAGUGAACGACGACGAGUGUGCCUCUCACAAGUUGGACGAACCAAAUGGUCCGCCCAAAAUCGCGACCGGUGUGAUCCAGGAGAAUCUAUUCCCAGACUUCCCCUGUGAACCGACCACUGAAGCCCCGGCAAAGCUGUCGAAGAACCAGAAAAGACGUGAGAAGAGAAGGGUCAAGCGGGAGAAAAAAGAGAAAAAAGAGAAAAAAGAUCAAGCAAGGAGGGAGAAAGAGCUGAAUGAGCAGCAACAGUCCGCGAACUUCCGGCUCGAGCAUCACAACAAAGUCGAUAGCCAAACUACUCCGAUGCAGACCUUGCAAGCGAAGAAAUUCCAAGCUCCCAAGCCUUUGCCAAAACAAAAAGUCAUAGAUCCUGAACCGCGGAAAGAAAGGAAGCGGAAGGAGCGCGAGCACAAACGAGAACAGAAGCAAGAGCGAAAGCGGAAGCGGAAGAGAGAAUCUUUGAAGAUCGAACUUGAAAGCGGAAUCGAUGAGGAUGAUCAAUAUCAAGAUGAUCUGCCUGCGGACGAGGACCCCAAGCUUGACGAGCAAGAGCUAAAACGUCAACUCAAGAAAGAGCGGAAGCAGGAGCGGAAGCGUCAGAGACAGUCUUUGGUAUUAUCUCACGACAAGGAUGAUAUUGCGAAUGAUCCCACUCCAGGAAGCCCAGAUGGUCCCAUUGAGCCUCACACACCCGCAAAUAAUCGCGGGGAAGACGAGGUAUCUCUAGAUCACGAUGAGCCAAAGCCCCCAGUACGAGAAAACCCCAAACCUGAGGAUCUCGUUACGGAGAAGUCAACUUUAGCCUCGACCCCUCAACCACAGAGCCCGGUGACCAAAGAACGGGAAAUAAUGUCAACUCCCCAACGCAAUGCUCCGGCUGCUGUCGUGUCGACUCCGGCGUCUCAACGCACGAACGGUUCCCGAUCGAGAUAUGGCCCCUUGUCACCUGAUCCGACCGACGAUGAGGUGACGUCCAAAUACUUCUGCACAGAACUAAAACCCGACAUUCCUACUCUCAAAACAAAUACAACCACAAUUCCGGACAUAGCCCUCCCGCUACGAAACAUGUCACUACCAGAGAAAACUCGAAAGAUCUUGGAAGAACUGGAAUUAGAAUCCGAUUUUUUGUCCUCUGACUCGUCAUUGAGCGAUCCACCUAGCGAUCUCGAUCUUGAUUUCGACCUUGAAGAUGAUCCUGCUUUGUAUCCAACGCCCAAGGUGUCGCCUUCCAAAAGCCGGCAUUUUUUGCCCCCCGAAACUGCUUCGGGCCCCAGUACUCCUGUCAAGCGCACCAAGUUCCUUGAACCAGAAAUCUCCAAAACUCCUCGACAAAAACGACUCAAAAUAUCUCCAUACUUUCCUAAAACACCGGAUCCCCCUCAGUCGUGUCUCCCAUUCCCACCUAUGGAUGCCCCAUCUUUUGGACUUGUUCAGGAGCAGCUUGCACAUGAACCAUUUAAGUUGCUUAUCGCUACCAUCUUCUUGAACCGGACGCGAGGCGGCGUUGCUUUGCCCGUAUUGUUUAAAGUCUUUGAACGGUAUCCUACUAUCGAUGCGAUGGCUUCCGCAAACUUGGCCGAUUUUGUGUCCAUGAUUCGUUGUUUGGGGUUUCAAAACCAACGUGCCAAGAAGUGCAUUGCUAUUGCUCAACUCUGGCAAACUGAUCCCCCGAUCAAGAACAAACGAUAUCGCAAGCUUCAUUACCCCAGGAAGCUGGAUGGUCGGGACGUUCCAGCCGACGAAUUUCUUGAUGAUGAAGAUCCCCGAGUAGCUUGGGAGAUUGCACAUUUACCCGGAGUUGGAGCAUACUCCUUGGAUAGCUGGCGCAUCUUCUGUCGGGACGAGCUAAGAGGUUUAGCUAGGGACUGGAAAGGCACAGACUCUGCUGUGCAUGGCUUUGUUCCUGAAUGGAAGGCUGUGCUUCCCCAGGAUAAGGAAUUGCGUGCUUAUCUCACGUGGAUGUGGCUUAAGGAAGGCUGGGUUUGGGAUUGCCAUUCGGGUGAUUUGACUCUGGCUGGAGACAAGACGCUACGAGCGGCCCGGCGGGAGGGUGUGGCGCACGAGGAGGAUGGGAAUUGGGUGUUGCAGACAUCCCCUGUCAAGAAGGCGCCGAACGGGCUGCAUGCGAUGGACUAG